AUGGAAGUUGGUUUAAUAGGUUUAGGGAACAUGGGGAAAAAUCUUGCAAAAAAUCUGGAUGACAAAGGAUAUAAGUUACAUGUGUUCAACCGUACAUAUGCUAAAACAGAAUUACUUGUAAAAGAAAAUCCGAAUAUUAUUCCUUACAAAACAAUCAAAGAUCUUGCAAAUAGUUUUAAGAAUCGAAAAAUCAUUUUUAUAAUGUUAACUGCGGGAAAAAUAAUUGAUGAUAUAUGUGAUGAACUGUCAGAAUAUUUUUCUGAAGAUGAUAUAGCAAUAGAUUUAGGGAAUUCUAAUUUCUUAGAUACUAUUCGCAGAAGUAAAACUUACAAAUUUAAUUUUGUCGGUGCCGGUAUUUCAGGUGGUGAACUCGGUGCCAGGUACGGUGGAUCACUAAUGGCUGGAUGUACAGCAAAUGUGUGGGAAUCUGUAAAAAAAAUAUUUGAAGAUUUAUCGACUGAUUCACUGAUUUCUAAUACUAAGUGUUGUGAAAGGUUUGGUAAUGAUGGUGCAGGACAUUUUGUAAAAAUGGUUCAUAAUGGAAUUGAAUAUUGUGAUAUGGAUGUAAUAUCUGAAUCGUAUAAUAUAUUAAAACAACUAGGCAACGAUAAUGAAAAGAUAUCUAAACUAUUUUUAACAUGGAAUGAAAAUAAAUUAAAAAGUUAUUUACUAGAAAUAGCUGGUAAGAUAUUAGUAAAGAAAGAGAAAGAAGAAUAUCUUAUUGACAAAAUUGAGGAUUCUGCUCAACAAAAAGGGACAGGAAAAGCUUGCAUUAUUGAGGCAGUUGAAUUAAAUGUACCGGCUAUAACAGUAGUAGAAGCGACAUUUUCUCGUGUUAUAAGUUCAAGAAAAUCUGUUAGGGAAGAAUUGAGUAAAAAACUUAAAUUUAACAUUAAAAAUGAUAUUUUGAUUAACGAAGAUGAUAUACAUAAUAGUAUAUAUCUCUGUAGGGCUAUUUCUUACAUACAAGGGUUUAAUUUAUUGAGAGCAGCAUCUGAUAAAUAUAAAUGGAAUAAGAAUAUGGAUGAUGUGUGCGACGUAUGGAGCAAUGGAUGUAUUUUAAGAGGUGCUUUCCUUAAAACAAUGAAAAAAAUAACUGAAGAGCGUAAUUAUGAUUACGAAUUGGCUAAUACAUUCAUAAAUAUUUACAAUGAAAACAUUGAUAGUUUAAAAAGGCUUAUUUUACAUGCAUCGGAAAAAGGAAUACCAAUACCUACUAUUUCAUCUUGUUAUAAUUAUAUUAUGGGAAUGAGAGAAGCAGAUAGCAAUGGAAAUAUGAUUCAAUGUAUGAGAGAUUGUUUUGGUGGGCAUACUGUUAUUUUUAAGGGAGAAAAGGAAGCGAGGCAUAUUGAUUGGCUUGAAUAA